AUUCCACACAGGGAGCUCUACCAUCAAGUCGGGGGAACGCCCACCACCGCUCUCAUCACUAUCCCCACUACUUCUGCCGCAGCCAUCACAUUCACCUCUACCUCCACCAUCACUACUCAGGUUGGAGAAAUAGAGGGAAAGGGGAUAAAGGGAGGGCAAAGAAAGGUAAUUCCAAAGGAACAUGAGCACCAAUAAUGCUUUAAGAGUGUUUUGGAAAUCAAGAGAAUGGAAUAUGAAAACAUCAACAUUUGAUUCAUAUGUGGAUAUUCCACUUUUACCCAAAAGAAAACGUUUUAGAAAGAAAAAGUCAAGACCAGUGAGACACACUAAACGCCAUGAAGAGGAGCAGGUCUACGAGCAAGCGACCACAUUACCCUGUUCCAUAUGCAAGCACGAAAUUGACCUAACUGGUAUUUUUCUCCAUAAGAAGCAACAUGUAGCUCUGGCCACGCUGGGUUUCCAAUGGAUGGGCGAAAAGAAACCACAGCCCUCAGUGAUUGCUGUUCAGAGACAGUUCAUGAUUUCUAAACUAUUAUCAUCUUUUAUGUUCACUGAAAAAACCCUACAGAGCAUUAAUAAUGCUUUUGAGCUGCUUUGGAAAAAACAAAUACCAGCAUACUAUAAGAUUUUUGAUAACAUUGACAGGAGUGUCAUAUAUUCUCAAAAAAUAUGUCAUCUAUUAAUUAAAGGAGUGGGCAUUUGUGAAGACAGGAAUUCUACAUGGAAAGCUGACAUGAAUGAUAAAUUCACUGUAGUGAGUAAUUUUGGUAAUAAACCUAAUGUGUGUUUUUUCGGUUUGUUCGAUGGACAUCAUGGCGCCUCAGCGGCAGAGUUGACAUCCAUGGAACUCCCAGUUUUACUUCUCCAUCAGCUUUCCAAAUUUGAUCCUUCUUACCAAAUGACAACUGAUGAGCAACAAAUAAUCAAUUCCUUUUACACUGUGUUUAGAGAAGAAUACACAGCAAUAGAAGAUCUCUUUUCUGCCAUAAACAAAACAGAAGCAGUGAGGCGUGAGUAUGAGGACAUACACAAAGCCUUUGCAAAAGCAUUUUGGAGAAUGGAUAGGCUUUUACGUCUUGGAAGAAAAGAAGUGUCCAGGGUUCAAUGGAGUGGCUGCUCUGCAGUUACUUGUAUAUUGGAAGGCAAACCUAGAAGUCCUUAUGCUCAUAAGAAUUGGAAAAGAAAAAACAACCAUGAUGGAUUGCCAGAGAGCUCCACUUCCCAGGAGAUGCCACAAAUAAUUCCUGGAAUAUUACAUGUUGCAAACACUGGUAAUGUGCAAGCAGUCUUGUGCAGAAAUGGGAAAGGUUUUUGCCUAACCAAAGAACAUACUACACGAAACACAAAUGAAAGAAGAAGAAUACUUCAGAAUGGAGCAGUCAUUAGUUCAAAUGAACCAUAUGGGCUUGUAGAAGGGCAAGUAAAAACUACACGAGGACUUGGAUUUCAUGGAAAUCUCAAGCUGAAAAAGUCCAUUAUCCCAGCACCUCAAACUAUUUCUGUCCCUAUAGAUGACCUAUGUCAAUUCCUUAUUUUAGCUACUAAUGGACUUUGGGAAGUUUUGGAUAAAGAGGAAGUCACUGCCCUAGCAAUGACAACAUUUCACAUGUAUAAAGAAACAUACUGUUCUAUCAUACCUAAAAAAUCUUCACCAUCCAAAGGGCCUCUGCUUUUUUCAACCAGUGAACCAAACCUUACUAAAUCACAAAGUAAUAUCCACGUAUUGUUUCAGUAUAAAUCUGUAUCUGAAGGAUGUGUGUCAACUACAAAUUCCAAAGAAAAUUUGUCCGAUUCAAACUAUUCUAAAUACUGCAUUUAUAACCCUGAGAAUGUAGAAACAUUUCCAGCAGAAACGACUCAUCAUAAACCUUGCAGUGAAAAAGUAACUGACAGACCAACCAGUGUCAAUGGUGUGGCAACAAAUGAAAAAGAAUCAGGCACUAAGAGUUUCUAUGAAGGUGCAGCUGAGUAUGUUAGCCGUGAACUUGUAAAUGCUGCUUUACUGGCUGGCUCCAGAGACAACAUUACAGUUAUGGUAAUAUUUCUCAAUGGAAGUGAAUAUCAGCUUCUGACAUAAAAAAUAAAGUUCCAAUUAUCCAGAGCACCAAAAUAUAAUACCAUAAAGCAAUUCUUCAAUGA